CACCACAUUUCAAACUCUUCUUCCUUUCUUCAUUAAAAUCUGGUUUCUUUCUGAUUUCUGCUGCAAGCCCUUUUGAUCAUUUGUUGAAGAAAAAAUGUUUCUUGAGGCAAUUUCAGCAGUAUCUCUGCCUUCCCUUCAGGGUUCUGCUGCUCUUGGACCCUUAACAAAUUCAUCCACUUCUCCUCCCUUUUCAACUUCAUUUUCUCCUAAAUUGAUUUCAUUGUCUGUUUCUUCUUCCUCUUCAUCUUUCUCGGGUCUUGUUUUGGCCAAGAAGCGUGAUAAUGGACUUGCGGCUGGCGCGUCCAAUGAGACUGUGGGGUUGCCGCUAACCGGGGUGCUGUUUCAGCCAUUUGAAGAGGUUAAGAAGAAUGAGCUCAUGGUCCCCACAGCUCCCGAGGUUUCACUUGCGAGGCAGGGCUUUUCUGAAGAGUGCGAGGCGGCAAUAAAUGAGCAGAUCAAUGUGGAGUACUGUGUAUCCUACGUCUACCAUGCCCUGUAUGCUUACUUCGACAGGGAUAAUGUUGCUCUGAAAGGCAUUGCUAAAUUUUUCAAGGAGGGCAGCCAAGAAGAAAGGGAACACGCAGAGAAACUAAUGGAAUAUCAGAAUAAGCGGGGAGGGAGAGUGAAAUUACUGAGCAUAGAGAGGCCUCCUGCAGAGCUUGAUGAUGCUGAGAAGGGAGAUGCACUGUACGCGAUGGAACUAGCAUUGUGCUUGGAGAAGUUAACCAACGAAAAGCUUCUGAAACUCCACAGUAUUGCUGACAAAAACAAUGAUCCUCAACUAGCAGAUUUCGUGGAGAGCGAAUUCUUGGAAGAGCAGGUUGAAGCCAUUAAGAAGAUUUCAGAAUACGUUGCUCAAUUGAGGAGGGUGGGAAAGGGACACGGAGUUUGGCACUUUGAUCAGAUGCUCCUCCACCAAGGAGACGGUGCAAUGUGAAGGGGAUUGGUAUUAUUUCUUGCUAGAUUAGAAUAAGGGUGUGCCAUUUAGUGUGUUAGGCUGGAUUUGACCCAUACGACUGGAGUGUCUCGGACAAUCUUUAGCAGCUAGUCUACUUACCUUUGCUUGUCCUGUGUAUUGUCAAGAGGUGAUAUGAAAGUUUCUCACAUCUUUCUUAUGAUAAGAUAUAUUUAGCU